UUUCCUUUCGAUUCGUGGUGCUCACGUUAGUGUUACUGCAUUUACGCCUAAUCGGUUGUCUGCACAUCGAUUGCAUACGAUUGAGUGCUUUUACCUUUACACGUUAAGGUCGUCGGGUCGUGGUUGCUAUUUAUAAUAGCAGUACUUUUACGCUUGAGCGCCAGCUCCGUAGUUUUGCGAGGUAUUCCAGCGCGUGAAUCGGUAACUUAGGUGGUUACAUGAAUCAGUAGCGUUGGAAUUUCGCGCACGUUUUCUACUCAGUACCUGGCCAUAAGGAAUAAUUUUGCGUGUUUAUUUUUUCGCGGCGAACGCUAGUACACGCCCGUGGUUCGACUGGCUUGUUUAUAGUUUACUUGCCCAGUUAAUAUUGUGUUGUUUUGCAUUCCGUUAUUCUUAUAACAUACAUAUUUGUCAAAAAUACAAGCCAUUCAAAUCCCAAUAUCACCCUUCUAGAUGGCGAUAGAAUUUUAUUGACCACAUUCUGAUUUUGUUGUGCGUUUCAAAACGAAGUGAAAAUGCAAGAGAAUGUGGAAAACAUGGAGCAGCCGAUCUUCACGUGCAAGGCGCACGUGUUCCACAUAGACCCCAAGACGAAGCGCUCGUGGAUGUCGGCCAGCUCGGCCGCCGUCUCCGUGUCCUUCUUCUACGACUCGUCGCGCAACCUGUACCGCAUCAUCAGCGUCGAGGGCACCAAGGCGGUGAUCAACAGCACCAUAACGGCGAACAUGACGUUCACGAAGACCUCCCAGAAGUUCGGGCAGUGGAGCGACGUCAGAGCCAACACGGUCUACGGGCUCGGGUUCGCGUCCGAGGCUGAGCUUGGGAAGUUCAUCGAGAAGUUCCAAGAGGUGAAAGAGGCGAUCCAAGCGCAGCAAUGCUCCGGCGCCGCCAAGAGCGUCACCAACGGCAACAGCGGCGCCGCCACGCCGGUCGCCAGCGCCACCGCCAGCCCGCUGCUCGCCGCGCGCGCGCAGCCCGACGAGCCGCCCGCCGUCUCGCCCGCACAGGUCAAAACAGAUAACGACGAAAUGAUGGUACACCAAAGAGCGCAUUCGGUUUCAUCGACGUUGCAGGGCGGCUACGCGACCGUAGGGCGGGCGCCGCGCGGGCCGCUGGCGUCGGUGGCGGCGCCCAUCGAAGCUCCGCCCGAGGGGCCCGACCAUCAAUUACGCUACGAAAACGACCGUUUGAAGCUUGCGCUGGCGCAGAGCUCAGCCAACGCCAAGAAGUGGGAGGUGGAAUUGGCAACCCUGAAGAGCAACAACCUGCGACUGACAGCCGCCUUGCAAGAGAGCACGGCCAACGUUGAUGAAUGGAAGAGGCAGCUCCACCAAUACAGGGAGGAGGUGGCUCGCGCCAGGCACUAUGCUGGGAAAGGCGCGGAGGCCAACGAAGUCGAGCAACUACGACAGCGCGUGGCGCAACUGGAAGCCGAACUCGCACAGAAGAAUGAGGAACUCGCGCAGAUCACCAAGUCGCGCAAGAGCGAGCAGGACGCAGAGGCUAAAUUAGCCCAAAGCCAGCUGGAGUUAGCGCUUGCAGCCCAAGACGGACAGAGGCAGGUCAUACAGGCGCUCAACGACCAGCUGGCCAGGCAACUAGAGGAGCUGAGGCAGGUCAUACAGGCGCUCAUCGACCAGCUGGCCAGGCAACUAGAGGAGCUGAGGCAGGUCAUACAGGCGCUCAUCGACCAGCUGGCCAGGCAACUAGAGGAGCUGAGUCUAAACUGGCCCGGAGCCGGCUGGAGUCAGCAUUCAGCCCAAGACGGACAGAGGCAGGUCAUACAGGCGCUCAUCGACCAGCUGGCCAGGCAACUAGAGGAGCUGAGGCAGGUCAUACAGGCGCUCAACGACCAGCUGGCCAGGCAACUAGAGGAGCUGAGGCAGGUCAUACAGGCGCUCAUCGACCAGCUGGCUAGGUUACUAGAGGAGCUGGCGCUCAACGACCAGCUGGCCAGGCAACUAGAGGAGCUGGGGAUAGUGUCUAAACUGCCCCGGAGCUGGUUGGAGUUUGUGCUUGCAGCCCAAGACGGACAGAGGCAGGUCAUACAGGCGCUCAACGACCAGCUGGCCAGGCAACUAGAGGAGCUGGUGAGUCACUGCGGAAACCGACCUUAUUGCACAGGGAAUAGAGUCUAA